UAUAUGCAGGGAGUAGAGGACAUUUGUCAGUAUCCAUGCAAAUCACAUAUAUAUGCUGUCUUCUUCUUUUUCUCUGAGAUACCACAACUACAACUACACUUGAUCUUCUUACUGUAGCCUGGAAUCCACCAUUAAACGAUGAAUAUGUACCUGCAACUGCAAACCCUUCAGCCCAAUCAAUACUAUCAAAACUCAUCGUUUUCCCAUCAAAAUCUUCAAAACCCAUCUCCACAAAAUGAUAAGUUUUCGUCCGAUUACGACCAUCCUGCUGCACUUGAAGGCAUCGCCGCGGUGGUCGGAGAACAUGUUCUUUUCGGCAAGAAGACAGAGACGACUACAAUCGUCGCUAACCAAACGGACGAAGAAAAAGAAUCAAAACCAUUCUUGUCAGAGAAAAACGUUAGUGGUGAAGAGAAGAGUUACAGAGGGGUGAGGAAGCGGCCAUGGGGUCGGUGGUCGGCGGAAAUACGUGACAAAAUCGGACGAUGCAGACACUGGUUAGGAACGUUUGACACCGCAGAAGAAGCAGCACGUGCGUACGACGCCGCUGCAAGACGACUGAGAGGAGCCAAAGCCAGGACCAACUUCGAGAUACCGUCGGUGUUUCCACCGAGCACACCGUCGGCGACGGUGGAAGGCAAAAAAAACCAUGGCAUCACUAGUACCAGUAAUACUAAAUGCCAUGUAGUCACAUCGGUUGAUCAACUGUUUAGCAAUGCAUCUCCGAUGAAAAUAAUUCAAGAAACUGCUAAUGACCAAAGCAAAAACGUGAACUUGGAGCUUGAUUUGAAUCUUGGUGGCGGUUUCAACAAAAAAGCUAGAACUAGUUGUAUGUAAUUGUGCAUGCCGGUGGUGCACCGCGUUAAUGGUGAUUUUAGUUUUUGCAGUCCAUUAUAAUUCAUGGUGUAAUACACAAACCGUAGUAUUGGACUCAGAAUGACGUUGAAAGUGCAGUAAACGUACGUUUAAACUGCAGUUUCUGUGACCUAAAAGAUCUUUAAAAAGGAGUACUGUACAGUACUGUAAUCUAAUUAUGUACUUGUUAUUUAUUCUCGAUUGCUAUA